CUGAUCCACAGGGCUCUCGGGCACUCUGUCUCAGUUUGCAGCACUCGCACUGAAGGCAGAGGAGCUGAACAGUUUGAAGGACAUAAUAAGAAAAAGAGAGAAAGCCCAGGAGAGCUCACGGCGGCUCCUCUCGAGUUUUGCGCGCAGCCCUCCUUAGCAGGAGACGGAAACCUUUGCCAGCAAGAAAAAACGGGAAAACUAAAAACGCCAUGGAAGACAAAUCUAAUUCGUUCUCCAGCAACAAGGAGGAGAAGGCGGAUGGGAAUAAUGUUUUUCAGAGGCAAGACUCGAUACAGAAAAAUAACACGGGGAGCCAGAACAUGAAGGACCACGGCAACUCAGUGGGCUUCAAGGGGGAGCGGGAAGAGGCCAUGGUCGGUUUUGACGAUCUGGAGGGGGCGGCCAGGCAACAUGGUUUUAUGCAGAGGCAAUUUGGGGCCAUGAUGCAGCCCGGAGUCAAUAAGUUCUCCUUGCGUAUGUUCGGCAGUCAGAAAGCCGUGGAGAAAGAGCAGGAGAGGGUGCAAACGGCCGGAUACUGGAUCAUUCAUCCAUAUAGCGAUUUUAGGUUCUACUGGGACUUGAUAAUGCUCAUCAUGAUGAUGGGGAAUCUAAUCAUCAUUCCUGUGGGAAUAACCUUCUUCUCAGAGCAGACUACCACCACCUGGCUGGUCUUCAAUGUGGCCUCAGACACCAUCUUCCUGGUGGACCUGGUCAUGAACUUCAGGACGGGGAUCGUCAACGAGGAGAGCUCUGAGAUCAUCCUCGACCCCAAGGUCAUCAAGAUGAAUUACCUGAAGAGCUGGUUCGUUGUGGACUUCCUCUCCUCCAUUCCAGUGGAUUAUAUCUUUUUAAUAGUGGAGAAAGGCUUUGACUCGGAGGUAUAUAAAACAGCUCGUGCCCUGCGAAUCGUCCGCUUCACCAAGAUCCUCAGUCUUCUGCGUCUGUUGAGACUGUCCCGACUCAUCAGAUACAUACAUCAGUGGGAGGAGAUUUUCCAUAUGACCUAUGACCUGGCUAGUGCAGUGGUAAGAAUAUUUAAUUUGAUAGGGAUGAUGCUGCUUCUGUGUCACUGGGAUGGCUGCCUCCAGUAUCUGGUGCCUCUCCUGCAAGACUUCCCCCCUGACUGCUGGGUGUCCCUAAAUGGUAUGGUUAAUGUUUCCUGGGGUAAGCAGUACUCGUAUGCCCUCUUCAAAGCCAUGAGCCACAUGCUGUGCAUCGGGUACGGCGCCCGGGCACCUGUCAGCAUGUCUGACCUGUGGAUCACCAUGCUGAGUAUGAUUGUAGGAGCCACGUGCUACGCCAUGUUUGUGGGCCACGCCACAGCUCUAAUUCAGUCCCUGGACUCCUCGCGCAGGCAAUACCAAGAGAAGUACAAGCAAGUGGAGCAAUACAUGUCUUUCCACAAGCUUCCAGCAGACAUGCGGCAGAAAAUCCACGACUACUAUGAACAUCGCUACCAAGGCAAAAUCUUUGAUGAGGACAACAUCCUGAGUGAACUCAACGACCCUCUCAAAGAGGAAAUUGUCAACUUCAAUUGCCGAAAGCUGGUGGCCACAAUGCCUUUGUUUGCCAACGCGGACCCCAACUUCGUGACGGGGAUGCUGAGCAAGUUGAAGUUUGAGGUCUUUCAACCGAAUGACUACAUCAUCCGUGAAGGCACUGUCGGGAAGAAGAUGUACUUCAUUCAACACGGCGUUGCGAGUGUGAUCACCAAGUUCAACAAGGAGAUGAAGCUGACUGAUGGAUCCUACUUUGGAGAGAUCUGUCUGCUCACCAAGGGUAGACGAACUGCGAGCGUGCGUGCAGACACCUACUGUCGACUCUUCUCCCUCUCUGUUGAUCAUUUCAAUGAGGUGCUAGAAGAGUACCCCAUGAUGCGACGCGCUUUCGAAACCGUCGCCAUCGACCGAUUGGACCGCAUCGGGAAGAAGAACUCAUUGCUGCUGCAGAAGUUCCAGAAGGAUCUGAACGCCGGCGUUUUCAACACGCAGGAGAACGAGAUAUUGAAGCAGAUUAUCCGUCAGGACCGGGAGAUGGUGAUGAUGGUGGACCGCAAGCAGUCAGUCACCGGGAUGAACUCAACACCAAUGUCAGGAAACUCCAUCAUUAACUCGCCUGCCCAACCUCCUUUCCCCACUGCCUUCAGCACCAAUCAGCUCCAGCAGUCCUCUGUCCCCAUGACCUACAGUGCUUCAGCUAUUGCCAAUGCCUCUGCUGCCCGCAUGCUGCCAGCCGCCGCCGCCGCCGCCGCUGCAGCGCAGGGGGUUUACCCCGCCCCCAGUCUUUCCCACGGCAACCUCAAUUCCUCCUUAGUCAACCCACAGACCCCGCUCCAGCAGCAAGGAGCGAUCAUGUCACCCUGCUCCUUCACGGCUGCUAUGUGCAGUCCACCAGUGCAGACCCCUCUGGCUAGCCGGAGCUUCCAGUACGGCUCACGCACAGCCUCCCAGCUGUCACUUAUCCAGCAGCCAAUGGCUCAACCAUCUCUACCCACACAGCCGCCGCUCGCCCAGCAGCCUGCUGUGUCAACUGCAGCCUCUGCAGCCGCAGCCUCUGCAGCCGCAGCUUCUGCAGCCGCAGCCUCUGCAGCACAGCAGCAGCAGCAGCCCUCACCUCAGCAGCAGCAGGUCCCUUCGCCUCAGCGGGGAGACAUCCACAAGAGCACACAGGCUCUGCAGUCGGGAAGCUUGAGUCGAGAUGUCAGACAUUUAUCGGCCUCCCAACCAUCACUGCCACAUGACACAUCUCUGGGGCCCAGAGUGCACCCAGCCUCAGGAGACUCUCUGGCCUCCAUUGUGCCACCGACGGCGGCGGCGGCGGCGAUCCAGGGAAUGAAUCUGCAGAGCGGCAUCCGCACCACAGUGCCCCAGCGUGUCAAUUUAUUCCGGCAGAUGUCGUCAGGAGCCUUGCCCCCGGUGCGCUCGGCCGCAGCGGCAGCAGCAGCAGCGGCGGUGGCAGCAGCGUCAUCAUCCUCGACCCAGCACAGGGAAUCCCCCGGAUCUAGGAGAGAUUCUGUCCUGAGCAGUACGGAGACUGAGCAAGACAAAAUGCGUUUUGCAUCAAAUUUAUGAUCCCAUUUUUCCCUUUUCAUUUUUUAAACUAAAAUAUGUUUCAAUUCAUUUUUAAAAAUGGAGAUACAACAAAAGAGAUAAAGAUGAGGAACUUCAGCAUUUUUUGUUUCUCUCCAAUUUUCUUCUAAAAUAACCUCAUAGAAAUCCUGUACAU